GGGGAGACCCUCUCUCGCCUGGACAACCCCCUGGAGAAGCAGCUGUGAGCGCGGAUCAGGGCGUUGAUCGCUACGCCCGCGCUGACCCACGAAACCACGGGCAUACAAGCCUGGGCUCCCGGUGGGGGUCGCACGGAUCCCUAACGGAGCGGGAAGGGCUGUGGGAGGGUGAAACACCCCAAGUACUGCGGCGGCCGUGACACCGUGACGCAGCUGAUGGCAGGAGAGGCGCUUCGGUGAACCCAGAGGAAAGCCCGGCAGCACCUGUGGGCUGCUGCUGCGGUGGCGGGACGAGCGUGGGCCUUUCUCCGCCUCCGCCCCUCUCCGCCCACUGUGCCCGCCGACCGCGUCACCGCCGCCUCCAUCCCUCCCUCUCUCCCGCCCCUCCGCGGGCAGCGGCCCUUGCCGGGCGCCACUCGGCCCGACCCCGCCUGCGCGCUGGGGCCGCCAUCUUCGGUCACCAUAGUGACGGCUCCCGGGGACGCCAGUACGCUCCGGGCCUCUCCUCCUGCGCUCCGCCGUCCUUCCCGCCAGCUCUUCCUCCCGCCAGUCCCUCCAUGUGCUCCCGAGGGGCUCUGGAUCCGCCUUUGCCUUGAUCCUGCCUGACAGGGUGCGCCCGGCAAGCAUGGCCGGGGAAGGAGACCCGAGGAAGCGCUUUAUCUCAGCCACGGCUGCGAACUACUUCGGGCUGGAUCCGGCGGGCUGUGCUGCCCUGGCGGCGGGGCUCCACUCCCGUCCGGAGCUGAGCAGCUUCCUCGACGACGGCAACGAAUUCCUGCUCGUGGUACAGCACUCGGGCGCGCAGCUCACCACCUCCAAUAAGAUUGAGGCUACUGAUUCAGAGAAUAACGUGUUGGUGUUCUUUAAGCUGAGACCUGAUGUAAUUACAGAAGAUAAUCUUCAUAGUAAUAUUCUUGUGUCAUCUAUGCUAAAUUCACCAAUUAACACCCUUUAUCAAGCUGUACGUCAAGUUUUUGCUCCAGUGUUACUGAAGGAUGAGAGAUGGAGUAAAACAUUUGAUCCCAAACUCCAGAAACUUUUAAGUGAACUUGAAGCUGGCUUGAGUACUGCUCUCAGAAGAUCAGAUCCUAAUUACACAGGAACAAAAUUCUGUGAAGAUGAUGUGCGAGCUAUACUUACACCAACAGAUGAAUUUCAGUUCUGGAUAGAAUGUGCUCGUCAUGGAAGUAAAUGGUGUAGUAAAGAGAGAGCUUCAUAUUUUAAAGACCUAUUUGAGGACAUUGCAAAAGAUUAUUACAACUUGGAUACUCUAUCAUUAUUUGAAGCUGUGGAUUUGGUGGAGAGUACCAAGGAUACUGUUGAUGGUGUGUGGAGACAAACAGAACAUGAUCCUUAUCCACAGUCACGCAUGCAUAAUCUCUUGGAUGUAAUAGGUGGCUCGCUAGGUAGAUAUGUUCAGAGAAAAUUAGCAGCUUUGAAUUUGUGGGAGGAUGCUUUUCACAGUGUUAAAGAAAAUAUAAAGGCUGGCAUCUUGAUUUGUGAGCAGUGGGUAUCAGCUUGUGAAUACUUAACUGGACAGCUGUGGCAACGUUAUACUCUACAUCCAUGGAAAAAUGAGAAAUAUUCCCCUGAGUUGCUAGCCAAACUUGGCAAACGUCUUGAUGAGGUGCUAACUGUUAGAACACUGCAUGAAAAACUUACAUUCUUUUUGCCACCUGGAGAACAAAAUUCUUUACAUCCUGCUCAAGUCUUUGAACCCUUUACUGGCCUAAAUCCUGUACACUACAAUCCUUACACAGAGCCAUUAUGGAAAGCAGCCAUCGUUCAGUAUGAAAGAAUUAUUGCACCAGCAGAACAAAAAAUAGCAAGCAAAUUGAAGAAAUUUAUUUCAGAAAUUCAGGACAGUCCUCAGCAGCUUCUUCAAAUAUUUCAGAAACAUAAGGAACUGAUAAAGCAUCCAAAUAUAAGCAAAGAAUUGCUUUUUGAAAGGGAAACAUUGCUGGCAGGACUUCAAGAUUAUGUCAAAGACUAUCAGACAGACUUUGAAACUCGAUGCCAUGGUGUACCUGGUGAUGUUUCUGGACCACUGUCAGGCAAGAACCUUUCUGAAGUUGUCAAUAAUAUUGUGUGGGUACGGCAGCUGGAACUGAAGGUGGAUGAUACUAUCAAGCUGGCAGAGGCCCUUCUGUCUGACUUAUCUGGAUUUCAAACUUUUCAUCAAAGUGCAGAUUCUUUUCUGGAACAGUUAAAAGUGUAUGAACAAGAACAAUUUGAUGACUGGUCUAGGAAUAUCCAGUCAGAAUUAUCAAAUUCCAAGUCAGGACUUUGUAUCCAAGCUAAUAGCCCUGUGAUGGAGUUGGAUCACAUUUCUGGAACACUGAAUAUACUUUAUUCUGAUCGUUUGGUGACUCUCUUAAGAGAAGUACGUCAGCUAUCAGCACUUGGAUUUGCUAUACCAACUAAAAUACAGCAUGUUGCAAACACUGCACAAAAGUUCUGCAAGCAGGCAGUCAUCCUUAAACAGGUGGCACAUUUUUAUAAUUCUAUUGAUCAACAAAUGAUUAAGAGUCAGAAGCCAAUGAUGCUACAGUCUGCUCUAGCAUUUGAACAAAUAAUUAAGCAUUCAAAAUCUGGUCCUGGAGGAAAAGCUCAAAUAACAUGGGAUAAUCCCAGAGAACUGGAAGCUUAUAUCCAAAAACUUCAAGCUGCUGCUGAACGGCUUUCCACUGAAAAUAGAAAACUAAGGAAGUGGCACACAAACUUCAUUGAAAAGGUUAUAUCGCUUAUGAAUAUUGAUCUACUUCGGCAGCAGCAGCGUUGGAAAGAUGGACUCCAGGAGCUCAGAACUGGUUUUGCCAGCCUCGAGUCACAGGGUUUCAAAUCGAAUGAUAUGAAAGCUUGGAGACAACACUGGAAUCAUCAACUUUACAAAGCUCUGGAGCAUCAGUAUCAAAUGGGCUUAGAAGCACUCAAUGAGAAUUUACCAGAGAUAAAUAUUGAUCUAACAUUCAAACAAGGCCGGUUGCAAUUCAGACCUCCUUUCGAAGAAGUACGAGCUAGAUAUUAUAGAGAAAUGAAGAGAUUCAUCUCUAUUCCAAAUCAGUUUAGGGGAGUAAGUGAAGCAGAUGAUGAAUCUAUAUUCACUGUUAUGACUGAAAGAAAUGCAAAUGGAUUUCUGACUGCUUUCAGUAAAGCAGAAGAUUUGUUCAGAAGGCUGACAGACGUUUCUAAUCAAUUCAAGGAAUGGAUCGUAAUUGGCCAAGUAGAUAUGGAAUCUUUGGUGAAGACACAUCUUUUUAGCAAGCAGGACUGGGAAAAAAACUUUAAGGCAUUAAAAGUGAGAGGGAAAGAAGCAGAACGUCUUCCAAGCACCGUCAGGAUAGAUUGUUUAACUGUCAAUUGCAACCCUGUCAAAACUGUAAUUGAUGAUUUCAUCCAGAAGUUGUAUGAUGUUCUAGUCAUUUCUUUGAGGAAAUGUAUUCAAGUUCACCUUUGUGAUGUUUCUUCAUUUCUCACCGAUGCCAUGGAAACAUUAGUGAUUAGGCCCCAGACUGUAGAGGAAAUAGCAGAAGACAAUUUAAAAUAUUUAAGCCUACAUGAACGAAAAGAAGGGAUUUUUCUCCUAUUUCAAGAGGCUGAAGAUAAAAACAAACUUCUGCGAACUGUGGCUGGUGCAGGUUUGAACACUAUCAGUAGCCUAAGAGCUACAUGGGAUAAGUUUGAAUUAAUGAUGGAAAGCCACCAGCUUAUGAUUGCAGAACAGAUUGAAAUGAUGAAAGGAAAUGUGAUUUCACGUAUUAAUAUGUAUCUUCAAGACCUGGAAAAAUUUAAAGCACGCUGGGAUCAGCUAAAGCCAAGUGAUGAUGUCAUUGAAACAGGGGAUCAGGAUGUACUUGAGAAAAGUGCUCAGAUCAUAAAGGAAAAAAAUAAAGAAUUUGAUGAACUUGAAACUGUGAAAGAAAAACUCAUUGAAGAAUGCCAUCAUUUUAAAUUGGAAGAGCCUGACUUCUCAUUGUCAGAAGUUGUAAGUCAAGAUAUUAAGAGUUGUGCAGAAGUCUGGGCACUGUAUGAAGAGUUUUAUGAAGGUUUUCAGGAAAAAGCCAAAGAAGACUGGAUUACUUUUAGAAGUAAAACACACCUAUUUGAAGAAUUUUUGUUUCACUGGCAUGACAAAAUGAGGAAGAUGGAAGAACAUACUGUAAUGACAGUAAAGUUGCAAAAAGAAGUGGACAAAUACAAAAUGAUAAUUCCACUCCUAAAAUAUGUCAGGGGAGAACAUCUUUCUCCAGACCAUUGGCUGGAUCUCUUUCGUCUUCUGGGUCUUCCCCGAGGCACUACACUUGAGGGCUUGUUAUUUGGAGACCUAUUGAAAGUGACGGAUGCCAUUAUAGAAAAAGCAAUGGAACUUAAGGAUUUGAACUGUCGAGCCCAAGGUGAAAUCACAAUCAGAGAAGCAUUACGUGAGCUUGAACUCUGGGGAGUCGGAGCUGUCUUUAUGUUAACAGAUUAUGAAGAUAGCCAAGGCAAGACUAUCAGGCUUAUUAAAGACUGGAAGGACAUAGUCAACCAAGUUGGAGAUCAUCGCUGUCUUCUACAGUCUCUUAAGGACUCUCCAUAUUACAAAGGUUUUGAAGAUAAAGUGUCCAUCUGGGAAAAAAAGCUAGCUGACUUGGAUGAGUAUCUGCAGAAUUUAAACCAAAUUCAAAGGAAAUGGGUCUAUUUGGAACCGAUAUUUGGUCGUGGAGCUCUACCCAAAGAACAGGCUCGUUUUAACAGAGUUGAUGAAAACUUCAGAUCCAUUAUGUCAGAUAUCAAGAGUGACAAUAGGGUAACAUCACUGAAUGCCCAGACGGGAAUAAAAAAUACCUUAAUUACCAUACUUGACCAACUUCAGAGAUGUCAGAAAUCUUUGAAUGAGUUUUUGGAGGAAAAGCGCUCAGCAUUUCCAAGAUUCUAUUUCAUUGGAGAUGACGACUUGUUAGAAAUUUUAGGACAGUCCACGAAUCCCCUGGUUAUUCAGUCUCAUCUUAAGAAACUUUUUGCUGGCAUUAAUAGUGUGAGCUUUGAUAAAGAAUUUAAACACAUAAUUGCCAUGAAGUCUGUAGAAGGAGAAACUGUGCCACUUAGAAAUAAAGUUCUUCUGUCAAAUGAUGUGGAGGUGUGGCUAAACAGUUUGGCUUUGGAGAUGAAGGAGACCCUGAAAAAAAUGUUAAUUGACUGUGUUGAUGCUGGAAAAAAAUCACAAGGUUCAAUUGAUCCGUCCCUCUUCCCUUCCCAGAUUCUUUCCUUGGCAGAACAAAUUCAGUUCACUGAAGACGUUGAAAGUGCUAUAAAAAACCAUAAUCUGCAACAAUUAGAAUUAGAACUCAUGGCUAAACUGGACCAUUAUACUAACAUUGGUAGUGGCAUAGAAAAUACUGGGAGUACAGAAUCAGGAAUCCUUGAGCUUAAGCUUAAAGCUCUGAUUCUUGAUAUCAUUCAUAACAUUGAUGUGGUGAAGCAGCUGAAUCAAGCUCAGAUUCACGAUAUUGAAGACUGGGCUUGGAAGAAGCAGCUGAGAUUUUAUAUGAAAGACCAAAAAUGUUAUGUUCAGAUGGUAGAUGCUGAACUCCAAUAUACUUAUGAAUAUCAGGGUAAUUCCCCUAAACUUGUUUACACACCUUUGACAGAUAAGUGUUACCUAACUCUCACUCAGGCCAUGAAGAUGGGCCUUGGAGGAAAUCCCUAUGGUCCAGCUGGAACUGGGAAGACAGAGUCAGUAAAGGCCUUGGGUGGACUUCUCGGAAGACAAGUUUUAGUCUUUAAUUGUGACGAGGGCAUUGAUGUGAAGUCAAUGGGGCGCAUAUUUGUGGGCUUAGUGAAGUGUGGUGCCUGGGGCUGUUUUGAUGAAUUCAAUAGACUUGAGGAAGCUGUAUUGUCUGCAGUAUCCAUGCAGAUUCAGACAAUUCAACACGCGUUGAAGAAACACAGUCCUGUAUGUGAGAUGCUUGGCAAAAAGGUUGAAAUGGACCAUAAUUCUGGAAUUUUUAUCACUUUGAAUCCUGCUGGAAAAGGUUAUGGAGGAAGACAAAAACUACCUGAUAAUCUCAAACAACUUUUCAGGCCAGUUGCUAUGACUCAUCCAGACAAUGAACUCAUUGCGGAAGUGAUUUUGUAUUCAGAAGGCUUUAAGGAUGCUAAAAUACUGGGUAGAAAAUUAGUGGCUAUUUUUAAUCUAGCAAGGGAGCUUCUGACACCACAGCAACACUAUGACUGGGGUUUACGAGCAUUGAAGACUGUUUUGAGAGGCUGUGGCAGCCUUCUUCAACAGCUGAAGAAAAGCAAUGCAAAGCAAGAAAUUAAUGAAAGUCACAUGGUGGUUCAAGCUUUGAGGCUUAAUACCACGUCAAAGCUUACGUUUGCAGACUGCGCACGUUUUGAUGCACUGGUUAAGGAUGUAUUUCCUGGCACCGACUUUCAAGAUGUGGAAUAUGCUGAGUUAACUACAGCUUUACAUCAAGUCUUUGAAGAAGCAAACUUAGAAAUUAUAAGCACGCAGAUCAAGAAGGCUUUGGAAUUGUAUGAACAGCUACGUCAAAGAAUGGGUGUAGUUAUUGUAGGUCCCAGUGGUGGAGGUAAAUCAACACUUUGGCGGAUGUUAAAGACAGCACUUGGUAAAACUGGCAGAGUAGUGAAACAGUAUACAAUGAAUCCUAAAGCUAUGCCUCGACAUCAGUUGCUAGGCCGUAUUGACAUGGACACCAGAGAAUGGUCAGAUGGUGUGCUUACAAACAGCGCUCGACAAGUGGUACGAGAGCCCCAAGAUAUUACUUCAUGGAUAAUUUGUGAUGGUGAUAUCGAUCCCGAAUGGAUUGAAUCUUUGAAUUCUGUUUUGGAUGACAACAGAUUGUUGACUAUGCCCAAUGGAGAAAGAAUUCAGUUUGGCUCAAAUGUCAACUUUAUAUUUGAAACUCAUGACCUUAGCUGUGCCUCCCCUGCUACAAUAUCUCGAAUGGGAAUGAUCUUUCUGAGUGAUGAAGAUACAGAUCUUAAUGCUCUGAUAAAGUCUUGGCUAAGAAGUCAGCCUGAAGAAUGCAGGUACAACCUCGAAAACUGGAUUGGUGACUAUUUUGAAAAGGCUCUAAACUGGGUUGUAAAGAAGAAUGACUCUGUGGUAGAAACAAGUUUAGUUGGAACUGUGAUGAAUGGACUGUCUCAUCUUCAUGGGUGUACUGAUCGUGGACAGUUUAUUAUUAACUUGUUACGUGGUCUUGGUGGCAAUCUCAACAUGAAAUCACGACAAGAAUUUGCAAAAGAGCUCUUCAGUUGGGCACAAGAGUCUCCACCAGACCCGAGGAAGCCCCUGGACACAUAUUAUGACACUGACACUGGACAGCUAACGCUGUAUCAGCUGAAAAAACCUGAAAAUCUAACAGCUGAUGACUUCAGUAACCUCCAAACACUUCCUGUCAUUCAAACUCCUGACAUGCAGAGAAGUUUAGAUUACUUUAGGCCCUGGCUAGACAUUAAUAAUAAGCAGCCAUUUCUUCUUGUGGGUCCUGAAGGAUGCGGAAAGGGGAUGCUGCUUCACUAUGCAUUUUCUCAACUCCGAUCCACUCAGAUUGCUACCAUUCACUGCAGUGCACAAACUACUUCUCAACAUCUUCUACAAAAAUUAAGUCAAACUUGCAUUGUAAUCAGUACAAACACUGGGCGAGUAUACAGACCAAAGGACUGUGAAAGGCUUGUUUUGUACUUAAAAGACAUCAAUCUACCCAAACCUGAUAAAUGGGGAACAAGCACUCUCGUGGCUUUUCUACAGCAGGUUCUUACAUAUCAAGGAUUUUAUGAUGAAAAUCUGGAAUGGGUCGGUUUAGAAAACAUCCAAAUCGUGGCUUCCAUGUCAGCUGGAGGAACAUUAGGAAGACAUAAACUUACCUCCAGAUUCACUUCUAUUGUUCGUCUCUGUGCAAUUGACUAUCCAGAAAGAGAACAACUGCAAACUAUUUAUAGUGCCUACUUGGAACCUGUACUACAGAAAAACCUAAGGAAUCACCCUGUUUGGGGUUCUUUACCAAAAAUACAUCAGCUAGCAGGAUCUAUGGUUCAAAUAUACGAGCAGGUACGAGCAAAAUUCACAGUUGAUGAUCACAGUCAUUACCUUUUUACACCAUGUAUUCUUACUCAGUGGGUUCUUGGUUUAUUCAGAUAUGAUUUAGCAGGUGGAUCAUUGAUACCAACUGCAGACUAUGUACUGGAAAUUAUUGCUUAUGAAGCACGUCGUUUGUUCCGUGAUAGAAUUGUUGGCAUGAAAGAACUUCAUGUAUUUGAUAAUGUCUUGAUGAAAGUGUUUCAAGGUGAUUGGGGCUCGGAUGUUCUGGACAAUAUGCCAGAUACCUUCUAUGUAACUUGGGGAGCUUGUCAAGAGGCAUUCAUCACACCAGGACAGGCACUGCCACCGUAUGGGAGGCCACUUGGCAGACUAAACUCAACAGACCUGAAAGAUGUUAUUCAGAAAGGUAUCAUUCAUUAUGGACGAGACAAAAAAGAGAUAGAGAUUUUACUGUUCCAAGAAGUCCUCAGUUAUAUGUCUAAAGUGGACAGAGUGUUAAGUUUUCCUGGAGGAUCGCUUCUUUUGGCAGGACGGAGUGGUGUAGGUCGUCGAACAGUUACCUCUUUAGUUAGUCACAUGCAUGGAGCUGUUCUGAUUACUCCCAAAAUUUCCAGAGGUUAUGAGGUGAAGCAGUUCAAGAGUGAUCUUAAAUAUGUGAUGGAGCUUGCAGGCAUUGAAGCACAACAGGUGGUAUUGCUGCUCGAAGACUAUCAGUUGGUUCAUUCCACAUUCCUGGAGAUGAUCAACAGUUUACUGUCAUCAGGAGAAGUUCCUGGGCUAUAUAAAACAGAAGAAUUAGACCCAUUGCUAUCUCCUCUGAAGGAUCAAGCCUCACAAGAUGGAUUUACAGGACCAAUUUUCAACUAUUUCACAUACCGGAUCCAACAAAAUCUGCAUGUUGUCUUGAUAAUGGAUCCUACUAAUUUAAAUUUCACAGUAAACUGUGAAAGUAAUCCAGCACUGUAUAAGAAAUGUCAGGUUUUGUGGAUGGAAACCUGGUCAGAAGACAGUAUGAAAAAGAUACCUGAAAUGCUUCUCUAUGAUUCAGAUGAACAAGAAAAGACUGGAAAAACACAUAAGGAGGUUAAGAAAAAACAUUCAGGUGAUUCUGAUUUUCUGAAGUCAUUUCUGGCAAUCCAUGAAUCAUGUAAAAUAUACGGAGCAACGCCUAGCAGGUAUAUGACAUUCCUUCGUGUAUACAGUACCAUCAAUAACAGUAAAAGAAGAGAGCUAAUAAAAAGGCAGAACCACUUGCAGGCAGGUGUUUCAAAGCUGAAUGAAGCUAAAGCCCUGGUUGAUGAACUGAACAGAAAAGCUGGAGAGCAAAGCAUUUUACUCAAAACGAAGCAGGAUGAAGCUGAUUCUGCUCUUCAAGAAAUUACAGUAUCUAUGCAGAGUGCUAGUGAGCAAAAAGCAGAAAUGGAAAAAAUUAAACAACGAAUAGCAGAAGAGGCUGCAGAAAUAGAAGAAAGAAAAAGAAAAAUUGAAGAUGAACUAAAAGAGGUUCAGCCACUGGUUAGUGAAGCUAAAUUAGCUGUUGGAAAUAUAAAGCCAGAGUCUUUGUUAGAAAUCCGGUCACUACGGAUGCCCCCUGACAUAAUCAGAGACAUACUAGAGGGAGUUCUGCGGCUGAUGGGGAUUUUUGAUACAUCGUGGGUGAGCAUGAAAAGUUUCCUGGCGAAAAGAAGUGUAAGGGAGGACAUAGAAUCCUUUGACGCCCGUAAUAUUCCAAGAGAAAUACGAGAGAGUGUUGAAGAACUUCUUUCUAAAAAUAGAGCAUCUUUUGAUCCAAAGAAUGCUAAACGAGCCAGUGCUGCAGCUGCUCCAUUAGCAGCUUGGGUGAAUGCCAACAUCCAGUAUUCCCAUGUCCUAGAACGAAUUCAGCCUUUGGAAAAAGAGAAGGCUGGCUUGGAAGCUAAUCUCAAGAAAACUGAAGACAGAGAAAAGAAGUUAGAGGAUCUUCUGAACUCUGUUGGUCAAAAAGUGUUGGAACUGAAAGAUAAGUUCCAGAGUAGAACAACAGAAGCAGCAAAACUUGAAGCAGAACUAAGUAAAGCUCAGAAAACAUUAAAAGCUGCAGAGGAACUAAUAAAUCAACUCGAUAGGGAACACAAAAGAUGGAGCACUCAGGUGUCAGAGAUAACAGAUGAACUGGCUACAUUGCCUAAAAGAGCUCAGUUAGCAGCUGCAUUUAUUACAUACCUUUCUGCUGCUCCUGAGGAUCAGAGGAAAACCAGCCUGGAUGAAUGGACCAAAUCAGCAGGCCUUGAAAAGUUUGAUUUACGGCGGUUCCUAUGUACAGAAAGUGAGGAAUUAGUUUGGAAAAGUGAAGGUUUGCCUUCAGAUGAUCUUUCAAUAGAAAAUGCUCUUGUCAUCUUGCAGAGUAAAGUUUGCCCGUUUUUGAUAGACCCUUCUUUCCGGGCUACUGAAUGGUUGAAGACACAUUUGAAGGAAUCACGUUUGGAAGUUAUUAACCAACAGGACACCAACUUCGUAACUGCUCUGGAGCUGGCAGUGAGAUUUGGGAAAACACUUAUUAUACAGGAAAUGGAUGGAGUGGAGCCUGUACUUUACCCAUUGCUAAGAAAAGAUCUCAUUGCUCAAGGACCCCGUUAUGCUAUACAAAUAGGUGAAAAAACAAUAGAUUAUAAUGAAGAUUUCCGUCUUUUUCUGUCAACAAGAAACCCCAAUCCCUUCAUUCCGCCUGAUGCUUCUUCUAUUGUUACAGAAGUAAACUUUACCACAACAGCAAGUGGCCUAAGAGGACAGCUUUUGGCUUUAACUAUUCAGCAUGAAAAACCUGAUUUGGAAGAGCAGAAAACGAAACUGUUGCAACAGGAAGAAGAUAAGAAGAUACAGCUAGCUAAACUUGAGGAUUCUCUUUUGGAGACACUUGCCACAUCACAAGGCAAUAUACUAGAAAAUAAGGAUCUGAUAGAGUCUCUGAAUCAAACUAAAGCAAGUAGUGCAGUCAUCCAAGAAUCGCUGGCUGAAUCUCACAGACUUCAGACUUUCCUUGAUAAGGAGAGGGACUCCUAUCUCCCUUUGGCCGAGAGUGCCAGCAAGAUGUACUUCAUUAUCUCUGACUUGUCCAAAAUUAAUAAUAUGUACCGCUUUAGUUUGGCGGCUUUCCUGCGACUUUUCCAAAGGGCUCUGCAAACCAAGCAGGAUUCAAGUAACACUGAGGAAAGAAUCAAGUUGCUUAUUGGCUCAUUGAAACAUGCCGUGUAUGAAUAUGUUUGUCGUUGUUUGUUUAAGGCUGAUCAGCUGAUGUUUGCUCUACAUUUUGUACGAGGAAUGCACCCUGAACUUUUUCAAGAAAAUGAAUGGGAGACUUUUACAGGUGUGAUCAUUGGAGAUACCAUAAGAAAAUCAAUUUCUCUCCCGGGUCUUUAUCAGAUACUCUGCUUUGAAGAUGAAAGUCUGUGGCACACUUUUUCUCAGAGUUCUGUAUGUGAACAAGACUUUCCAUCUACUGUUUUAAAAAGAAUUUCCUUAUUUCAGCAGGUACUUGUGGUCCAGGCUGUCCGACCAGACAGGCUACAGAGUGCCAUGGCUCUUUUUGCGUGUAAAACCCUAGGCAUAAAGGAAUUAUCUCCAUCACCUCUGAAUAUGAAACGUCUGUAUAAAGAGACUAUGGAAAUUGAGCCCAUCUUGAUAAUAAUUUCUCCUGGUGCUGAUCCUUCUCAAGAGUUGCAGGAACUUGCCAGUGUUGAAAGAAGUACUGAGUGCUACCAUCAGAUUGCAAUGGGCCAGGGCCAAGCUGACCUGGCUAUUCAAACUCUGAAAGAAUGUGCACGCAAUGGAGAAUGGCUCUGUUUAAAAAACCUGCAUCUCGUUACAUCUUGGCUUCCUGUGUUGGAAAAGGAACUGAAUACAUUACAACCUCAACCAAACUUUCGUCUGUGGCUUACUACCGAAGUUCAUCCAAAAUUUACUCCGAUUUUGCUUCAGUCAAGUCUGAAAAUAACUUAUGAAGCGCCUCCAGGCCUCAAAAAGAACCUCUUGCGAACGUAUGAAUCUUGGACACCAGAGCAAAUUAAUAAAAAGGGAAAUUUGUCUCGAGCACAGUCUCUCUUUUGUUUAGCAUGGUUUCACGCUGUAUGUCAAGAAAGAAGAAACUUUAUCCCUCAGGGUUGGACCAAGUUUUAUGAAUUUUCUUUAUCUGAUCUCCGUGCUGGUUUUGACAUUAUUGACACACUUUUUGAGGGUUUCAAAGAUUUCCAGUGGGAAUUUGUUCAUGGCUUGUUUGAAAAUGCAAUCUAUGGAGGCCGUGUAGAUAAUUACUUCGAUAUGAGGGUUCUUCGGUCCUACUUGAAGCAACUUUUCAAUUCACAAGUCAUUGGCAGUUUAAAUGUUAGAGGCAAGAAGAUGACUAGUUUCCCAUGUUCGAUCUCUCUACCGAAUUCCUGCAGUAUUUUGGAUUAUCGCAAUAUUAUUGAAAGCCUUCCAGAAGAUGAUAAACCUGACUUUUUUGGCUUGCCAGCUAAUAUUGCUCGUUCAUCACAGCGCAUGAUCAGUUCCCAGGUAAUUUCACAGCUUCGGAUCCUGAGCAGGUCAGUAACUGCUGGCUCCAAAUUUGACAGAGAAAUAUGGUCUACAGAACUUUCUCCUAUUCUCAACCUAUGGAAGAAACUUAAUCAGAAUUCUAACCUGAUCCAUCAGAAGGUGUCUCCUCCUGCAGAGCAACAAGGAUCUCCAGUCUUAUCCUUCAUUACUCUGGAACAAUUCAGUGCAAUUCGCCUUGUGCAAAGUGUCCAUCAGUCUCUUGCUUCUUUAAGUAAAGUCAUCAGAGGUACCUCAUUACUGAGUUCUGAAGUACAAAGACUGGCAAGUGCUCUGUUAAACCAGAAGUGUCCUAUCACAUGGCAAAGCAAGUGGGAAGGUCCAGAAGAUCCUUUACAAUAUCUUAGAAGUCUUGUUGCUCGAGCGCUUGCUAUACAGAAUUGGGUAGAAAAAGCAGAGAAACAGAAACUAUUGUCAGACACCCUUGACCUUUCAGAGCUGUUUCAUCCUGACACAUUUCUCAAUGCCUUACGCCAGGAGACUGCAAGAGUAAUGAGCUGUUCAGUGGACAGCCUUAAAUUUACAGCUUCAUGGAAAGGGCGAAUACAGGAAGGCAAACUCCAAGUUAAGAUCAGUGGCUUACAACUGGAAGGUUGCCGUUUUGAUGGAAAUCGACUUUCAGAAAAUCUGCAUGAUUCUCCCAGUGUGUCAUCUGUUCUCCCUUGUUACAUGGCCUGGAUUCCACAGGAUGCAUAUGGUCCAUAUUCUCCAGAGGAAUGCAUAUCUUUACCAGUCUACACUAGUGUGGAGAGAGACCGUGUGGUGACAAAUAUUGAUGUACCUUGUGGAGGAAACCAAGACCAGUGGAUUCAAUGUGGCGCUGCUUUAUUUUUAAAAAAUCAGUAAUGUGAAACUGCAUUAACUUGUGAAGUUAAGAAUCAUUUAAAUAUCUAAUUUCUUACUUAUUAGAAGAAAACUUUAGAUUUAUCGCUUUUGUGUUUUUAAAGCAAUGGUUUAUUAAUUCCUGUUUAUUUUUUUUAAGAUAUAUUGAAGUAAUUCUACUUGAAUAGAAUUUCAUUGUAUCUUUGUGGGAUAUUGUAAAAGUUAACAUGACACUAUUCAGCAAACUGCUAAUUUGUUGUUUUUUUUUUUUCUCUAGAUUGUAAUGUGCUCCAUUUCUUUCUCAGACUUGCUGAAAUCUCUUUUGUUCUGCCCAGAAAUAUUGAAUAUUAGCUCAUAGUCAGCAUUUUUUCUUUGAUUUUUUUUCAUUAUCCUUUUGGAACUCUUCUUCAUAUAUCUCUGUUAUUUAAUAAAAUAAAAUUAUAAAACCUUCUGUAACUGAAAUUGAAUGUUUUACUUGAAGAUAAAAGUCAGGAUAAACAUUUCAUUCUGCUUUAAUGACGUUUUACUUGUAAUUAUAUUCCUUUGUAUUGGUAGGAAAUAAUAGGAUCGUCAUAAACUUCAAGUGAAGUUACAAAUUCAGUUAGACUACUAUCACAAUUGCUAUCUAGAAGUUACUGAAAAAAAGUAUUUAUGAAACUGUGCUAAAUUUCAGCAAGAAUGUUCACAUAAAGGCCCAAGAUAGAAAAACAAUUCCUUAGACAAACAAAAGAGGUUUUCAUCCAAUUAUUAAAUGAAUAACAGAGGGAUAUAAUAAAUGCUUUUGAUCUGUGAUGCGACAGAUGCCUGGAGUCUUGUUCUUAGUGCAGGAUACUCGUUUGAUUUCACUGGUUCAUGAUGUAUCAUGUUGGGAUGCUGACAUAGCAUUGGUGUGCAAUUAGACAAAAUCCCAAAAGAAGGAGGAAACCCAGAACCCAGCAGGAAGCAGCAUUACUGACGAAUCAUAAAGUCUCAACAUAAGAAUUGAAAGUGUCUAAUUUUUAACUGGAAUUACAGAGUCACCACGUGAAGAUAUUUUUAAAAGCCAAAGGCAAAUAAACACUUUCUUAGUUUGCUUAGAAAACAAAAUAGAUGUCUUAGCUCUGAUAUAUCUGAUAUAUUUUAUAUUCAUUUGGAAGUAGUAUUUAAAUUAAGACUAUAUUUCACUUUCCUGAUAUUUUUCAUUGAUGGCUUGAAGGAGGUAGAAGUAAAGCAGAGAAAAGAUUGGUCACAUCUCCAGGUCAACUUCCUGAAGAAACUAUUUUUCUCUCUUCUUCUCUAUUGUUCAUUAUUUAAACUUGAUCUUUUGUCUCUAUUUAGAAAGUUCCUACUUUAGUUGUUCUUCUAAUAAA